AUGGCGACGAGCUUCGCGCACCAAGUGGGCGGCCACACCACAGCCAAGACAAGUCUAAAAGCUCACGAUGGAAAAAUCUUGAAGCCGUAUCAGAGCAAACAACGCGGUGAACGAGAGCGCGACUUCUACGAGCGCGUGUUCAGAUCGGAGAAAGAGUCGCCGGACUUCGGAGCUCUCAGAACAUUCUUGCCCAUGUAUUACGGCUCCACUGUGAUCCCUGAAGCUGGGGACGAAAAGAAGGAGGAUUCGUGUACUAAGUAUUUGGUGCUCGAGGACUUGACGUGGGGCAGGAAGUGGCCCUGCAUCAUGGACAUCAAGAUGGGUACGCGGUCGUAUGAGGAAGGCGCGUCAGCCGAAAAGGUCGCUCAUGAGAAGUCCAAGUUUUCGUUGCAAGAGACGGCUGGUCUUCGUAUUCAGGGCAUCAAAGUGUAUAGUCUGGAAGAGAACAAUUAUGUCGUGCUUGACAAGUACUUUGGGCGAAGUAUCACGUCGAUGGACGGGAUUACUCGAGCCCUUGGACACUUUUUCCCGCUGCAAGACAAGACGAAAACAGUGAAGCUGCUGGAAGCGUACCUGCGACGCCUUGAUCAGUUGAAGACGUGGUUUGAUGAGCAGCAAACAACGGAAUUUAUUGCCAGUUCCUUCCUCUUCUUAUACGACGGCGAAGAGUCAAGACGGGAGGACAAGUCUGUCUCCGAAGCUUACGCGGCCGACAUUCGUCUGAUCGACUUUGCCCACGUGUCUCAUCCAGUUCCUCCCAAGCUGGACGAAGGUCUGCGAACAGGUAUCGCCACAUUGAUCCGAUGUUUCCAGACGCUGCUUUGUGAGUCACAGGCGUCGCAGUAA